UCUCGGAGCCUCUCUGCCUUUUAACCAGUGUUGUCUUUAUUGCUUUCAAGAAGACAUUCUCCAAAAAAGCCGUGCGUGAGUCAGCCGCUACACCCUUCCUGGAGCGAUGGGAGAGGCCGAGACGCGUCAGAAAUUGCUGCGCAAUGUGAAGAAAGAGGUGAAACAAAUUAUGGAAGAAGCAGUAACGAGGAAAUUUGUGCACGCAGACAGCAGCCACAUCAUAUCCUUCUGUGCUGUAGUUGAGGCCUGCAUGCUCCACGGACUGAAGCGUCGUAUUGCAGGCCUGCUGUGCAGUAACAAGGUCGCAGCACUCUUCAUGAAGGUUGCAAAAACCUUUUCUCCUGCGGAGGACCUCUGCCACAAGGUCCAGGAGCUGGAACAGCUCAUCGAAAUCAGCAAGCAGAACAAUUCUUCACUGAGUAAUGACCGCAGUCGGCAGUCCAAGUUGGCUUACCUCCCUCCUCAAGCACUGAAACACCUGUGGAUCCGAACUGCCCUGAUGGAGAAGCUCCUGGACAAGAUAAUCCUGUACUUGGUGGAGAACAGCAGUGCCUUCUAUGAGAAAGAAGCCAUGCUGAUGGAUCCUGUAGAUGGACCAAUUCUUGCAUCUCUAUUGGUUGGCCCUUGUGCUUUGGAGUACACCAAAGUUAAGACUGCAGACCAUUUUUGGACGGACCCGUCUGCUGACGAGCUUGUGCAGCGGCAUCGCAUCCACAGUGGCCACUGUCGGCAGGAUUCACCCUCCAGACGGCCUGCCCUGAUCCAGAAGAGACAGUCCAGUGGUAGCAUGGAUGAUCGCCCUCUCAUGUGGGUGAGAGACUAUGUUGAAUCACUCCACCAAAACUCCAGAGCCACACUUCUGUUUGGAAAGAACAAUGUCCUGGUGCAGCCGAGAGAUGACAUGGAGGCCAUCCCAGGCUACCUUUCUCUACAUCAAACUGCAGACCUCAUGACACUGAAAUGGACGCCCAAUCAGCUGAUGAAUGGCAAUGUGGGGGAGCUAGAUUCUGAGAAAAGUGUGUAUUGGGAUUAUGCUAUGACAAUUCGUUUGGAGGAGAUUGUGUAUCUACACUGUCAUCAGCAAGUGAACAGUGGUGGGACGGUAGUUCUGGUGAGCCAGGAUGGGAUCCAGAGACCUCCUCUACAUUUCCCCAAAGGAGGCCACCUCCUCCAGUUUCUCACCUGCCUGGAGACUGGCCUGCUACCUCACGGACAGCUGGACCCACCGCUCUGGAAUCAGAGAGGAAAGGGAAAGGUUUUCCCCAAACUGCGAAAGAGGAGUCCUCACGGCUCAUGUGAUUCUGUAUCCGAUAAGGAAGAUGAUGAAGCAACCGAUUAUGUGUUUCGAAUCCUCUUUCCUGGCAGUCAGAUGGAGUUCAUGGCUCUGGAGCUGAUGGACCAGGGCAUGAACAUGUGGCAACCGACACCCAGAAAGUCCUCAUGCUCCUCCUGCUCACAGAAUGGCUCCUCUGAUGGCUCUCUGCCUAAUGGCUGUAAUCAGGAAAGGGCUCCCUUAAAGCUCCUUUGUGACACAAUGAAGUACCAGAUAAUCUCCCGUGCUUUCUAUGGAUGGCUUGCAUACUGCCGUCAUCUGUCCACAGUUCGUACCCACCUUUCUGCUCUGGUCAACACCACUAUAGUUGACCAUAGUGUGCCAUGUGAUGCCCGAGGAGGCCUCUCUGUGGAGGUUUGGGGCCAAUUCCUCAAGGACAGCUCUGCGUAUAAGGAAGAAGAGUUACGCAGGCUUGUGUAUUUUGGUGGUGUGGCUCCUUCACUACGCAAAGAGGUCUGGCCCUUCCUGUUGGGACACUACCAGUUUACCAUGACUGAGAAAUGCCGGCUAGAGAUUGACGAGCAGAUGCGGACCAUGUAUGAGCAGACUAUGAAGGAGUGGCAUGGUUGCGAGGCCAUUGUCCGCCAGAGGGAGAGAGAGAAACAUGCUGAGGCCAUCGCCAGAUGUUCGUCUGGAGCCAGUGUGGAAAGAGGACCAGUGCAGCGGGACUCUACCAUCAGUACAGAUUCAUCUCUAAGUUGCAGCUCAGAUCAACAGAAUUUCCACUCCCAAAGUGAUUCCACCAGCAGCGCACAGAUUUUGAGAUAUCUCUGUCUGUACCAAGCAGUGGACUGCCAUUGCCAUUCCCAGAGCCAUGUAUGUGCAUCGGUUGAGGCAGUGGAUCAGAUUGAGACUGAGCCCAAGGCUGAGGAAGGAGAAGUACAGCCCAAUAAUCCACUGAAGGACAUCACAAGUGACACUGCAGACACCUCACAACCUCCCUCUAGCAGCCCCUCCUCCACAGGUCUGUCAAAUCAAUGUCCAGUUUCAGGAAACAGCCCUCUUGUAACAAAAUCAGCUGUUGGCUCUGCACCCUCUCAGCACUCAGAGGAAGCAUCAGAAGUCUUACAUGACAAAACUACAACUGGCUCACAGUCAGGAGGGGAGGAUGUAAUGGACCCAUUAGCCAAGGACGAGGUUUCAGAGACAAAGAUGGAGACAGUCUCAGAAGGUGAGGUGGUUAAUGACUGUGGGAUCAGUAAGUCACGAAAGACAUCUGAAUCUGAAGAAAAACCUGAAGUAGAAGAAAAAGAUAUAACAACAAAUGGGAAGUCUGAAGAUUUAAAAGCAGUAGACACAAAUAUGAAUUUAAGAAGUGUUCCAGAGAGCACUAAUGUUCUAAAGCUAGAAACAGAGAUUCAUAAUGAAUAUUUCCAAGCGCCUCCACUCGGGCAGACCUUGACUUUUCAAGCACACAAGAGCAAAGAUCUGGAGUCAUUAUGUCCGCCGGUGCCUAUUGCAGAAAAAGAUACUAAUCCAGAGAGUGAAAAAAAGCCAGAGAUUUCUGAAAAAAAGGCCACAGAUUCAGAAAGAAAGGAUGCCGUAGCAACAGUUUGUGACGUGGCUGAAAUAAAAAAAGCUACAGAAAUUCCAUUUGAGAAACCUGGUUCAAAUUCACCUGUCAGACAAGUACUGAACGCUCUCCAGUCAGCGUCAAGGGGCAGCCUUUCACUAUCGUCCCACUCUCGGCAGUCUCCAGACACCGCAGAUUCAGAUGACUCUCCUUCUGCCCUGGAAAUGGAGGACAUUCCUGCAGGGACAUGUGUUACGUCUGACGAUAUCAAGACCAGGCCUUUGGCAGGUCUCGCUGCACCCCUUGUCUCCCUUGCGCAAAGACAGAAAAUGGCAUCAGAGGACCCUGUCCUAGAUCACCAUCUGGACACAAGCUGUAACACCAGUCCUGAGGGCACCGACCUGGGCCUUUCUGAAGAGGAGCCUGAGAUGGAAAAUGUGCUCACUGAACCAGAGUCUGCAGAGGUGGGAGGAGACACCAAUCACGACGAAUCCUCAGAAGAACAAACUUAUUCUCAAGAAACACUGGACAUGUACUUGAUCAAUUUACAUCGCAUUGACAAAGAUGUAAGACGUUGUGACAGAACAUAUUGGUACUUCACUCCUGAGAACCUGGAGAAGCUGCGUAACAUUAUGUGCAGUUACGUGUGGCAGCAUCUGGACACAGGUUACGUCCAGGGCAUGUGUGAUCUGCUGGCUCCCCUACUGGUUAUUCUGGACGAUGAGGUCAUGGCAUUUAGCUGUUUCACUGAGCUGAUGAAGAGGAUGAACCAGAAUUUUCCUCAUGGAGGUGCCAUGGACUCUCACUUUGCCAAUAUGCGUUCUCUUAUCCAGAUCCUGGACUCUGAGCUGUUUGAACUGAUGCAGCAGAAUGGAGACUACACACACUUCUACUUCUGUUAUCGUUGGUUUCUACUUGACUUCAAAAGAGAAAUGGUGUAUGAUGAUGUGUACUCUGUGUGGGAAACAAUCUGGGCAGCCAAGUACACCUCCUCUAAGCACUUUGUGCUCUUUAUUGCUCUGGCACUUGUGGAGAUGUAUAGAGACAUCAUCCUAGAAAAUAACAUGGACUUCACAGACAUCAUCAAGUUCUUUAAUGAAAUGGCAGAGCGACACAACGUCCCGCAGGUCCUGAUGAUGGCUCGAGACUUGGUCAACAAAGUGCAGACGCUCAUAGAAAACAAGUGAUGCAGGAUGCCGCUGUUCUGCUGCUGCUCCCAUGUUUCUUUGUGCAAGUUAAAUUGUACAUUAACACAAUAGUCACGUAUUCAAGAGGAAAGGAAUACAUGUUAACAAAAUGUAGUGUUUGGUAAGUACUGAAAAGACAACGGGUCAAUAUUCUAUGAUGGUUGCACAACAUCUUCUUCCCAGUUGCUCCUUUCUAUAUUCAGGGGAGAUGCAAUUGUUGCCAGUAAAUUUAUUUUUAAAGUGUUAUUGUUCACCUAGUGAAUGUACCCUUGUUGAAAAAGCUUCAGGAUGUUGUUUAUUUUGCCUUAAAUUGAGCCAUUUUUCAGGGAUACAGCAACGAAAUUCUUCAAAGUAUUGUUCUUCAAGGUUGAUUUUGUUUAAUUAUACUCACCACACAUCUUGUGAUGCACUUGAGUAUAUUUUCAUGAAUAUAAUUUUUGCUGACAUUGUAGCUACCAUGAUUAGACACUGAAUAUAUUUUUAGUAAUAAUAUCUGGCAUUAUUAGAUGAUUUGGUUUUGUAAACGUCAGAGGUACAGAAGGUUGUGUGCUCCACGUAGCAUGUGUGGUUUGCUUCUCGAUAGCCAUUUUGAGGACCACUUGCUGGCUUCUCUGAGGCUUGAUGGUCCUCCUUCUGUGUUUGCCUCUGAUGCACACAAGCUUGCAGGAUAUCCAGACCAAACCUGUGAACUCUGUGCUGUCUGGCAUGAUUGCACAUAGUUUGCGCCAUGUCCUCUGGUACCAAGUUCUCAUUCUUUGUGUUCCUUUUAUUUCUGAUCUCCUCUAUGCAUUGAUUAGCUUUCAUUGUUGUGCAGAUUGGUUCUUGAUACUGGUUCGAAUGGUUAAUGCAGAUACUCUUCUCACCUUAAAUAACACAAUGCUGCUCAGGCUGCAGAAUUUAGCUUUACAGUGCUGACAGACUCUACUUCCUUGCAGCAUUGCAAUAGUUGCUUUGAUGGUUAAUUUUGAUGUGGUAGUAAAACUAAAGGGGUGAGCAGUGAGGGCAGCAUGCUUCCUUUGCACUCGGUACUUCUGUUUUUCACUUUCACCUUGAGAUCAUAGUUAUCGAGUUACUAGAGUUAUUAGAGUUUCAUAGUUAUCUGACUUUGUCUUGCCCUGCCAAUCUUGUCUCGAGUUAACAUGAGAAAACGGCUCUUGGUUGCCUUGUCUUUAACACACUCAAUUGCGGUGUUUUAUAUGGCCAAACUUUUGGCAAGAAGUCUUAAAAUAAUUGUUGAUAUUUCCUGGGGUAACUGUGCAUUUAUCUUCAUUAUUACCUCAAGAUCCCAGUGUUCAUGCCUGUUGAAAAGGAGCUCUGCUUGCUGAACCUCAUUUAAGUCUGCCAGUCAUUUGAGGCUUAAGCCAGUAUUACAUUUAUGGAUUCACUUUAGCCUCGACAAUUUUCCUCAGCUACAUUUUGUUUUCUGUAGAGCCAGUGUAGCCAGAAAGCACCUUGAUAGGCGUACGUCCUUCCUUUAUUCAAUUGAAAAAGCAGCCAACUUUUGCUCUGCCUGAUGGAUUUUAUCUGGUGCCCUCCAGUUCCUUGGAGGACUUUUUGGCCAGACUGUAAUGGUAACCAGAUUUACUAGUGCACACCUCCUCUCACAAGAGUUUCUGUCCAUUUUAGUACAGUGCUGCUUAUACUGUUGUAACUUCAGCUACUUGUAAAUGUGAUCUUUUUGAAGCCCUCAUCAGGUUUUCACAGUCUAGUAAGUAAGAUCAAGUUGUUACACUUAAAGGGUUAGUUCAGUGGUAUGUAGCCAUGCAGUUCAUUUUGGUUUGGUUUUGGCUGAAAAUGAACUUUUAACGACAUUGUAUCUUUCCAGAAACAAUAAUAAUAAUAAUAAUAAUAAUAAUAAUAAUAAUAACUUUUAUUUAUAUAGCGCCUUUCAUGAAACCCAAGGACACUUUACAGAAUUACAGUGGCUAUACAAAGGGAAGUUGUAGGCUGUGGUGAACAAGUGGUGUUUCAGGAGUUUUUUUUUUAAAUGUCCAGGGAUGUAGCAUUUUGCAGGCCAGUGUCUGAGGACUGCAGGUUUCGGGGUGGGGUGUAUGGAUGGAGGAGGUCGGAGAGGUACAGUGGGUCCAGGGCAUGGAGGGAUUUGUAGGUGAGAAGGAGGAUUUUAUAUAUGAUGCAGGACUUAACUGGGAGCCAGUGAAGGUGGAUGAGGGUUGGGGUGUGCUGCCCUGUCUUGGUGUGGGUGAGGACCUUGGCGGCAGAGUUUUGGACAUACUGGAGCUUGUCUAGGGUUUUGCGGGGAACCCCAGACAGUAAUCCAUUGCAGUAGUCCAAAUGGGAGGUAAUAAAAGCAUGUAUGAGGGUUUCUGCCACAGAAUCAGAGAGUGAUGGCUGGAGACCUUGAUGUCAAUAGAUUAAAUUGGUCAAAUAAGGUCUCAUAGUGCCUCCAUUCCAGAUGGAUGUCCUAAAAUCUCAGCAGAUACAAACAAAACUAUCUACAUGGCUAGAUAACAGUAUAAGUAUGUCGGAAAAUAUGAUUUAUUGGUGCCACUCAGUUUUAAAAUAGCCAAAACACACCCAUGUUUGGUUCACUGUGGCUUAAAUACCAGUGUUUCGUUAUCACCGCUAAUGUGUCAACAUAACAUGCCAACAUGGAUUAUUGCUGUUUGUGUAUUGCUGUUUGUUGUCAGAAGAUUUACUGUGUACAAUGUGUCAAAAAGAAACUAAGCUCUUACAUAUUUAUUAAAUGCAAUACAAUGUCUGUAUAUGGGCCACAGAUUAUAAUGAACAGAAAGAUAAAAAAAUAUCAAAUUUGAUUUGUCACAUGAAA